GCCCCCUCGCCCGCCCUCAGCCCCCUUUCCCGCGUCGCGACGCACACCGCUCUGCGAACGCCGCCUCGCUGAGGUGCGUGGUGCGCAGUGCGGGUCGGGCCUUGAGGCAGACAGAGGCGAAACCUAGAUGAGUGAUUCCUGGAGGCUGUGAAGGGCACGGCCUGGCACUCUUGAUUCCUCAAGGAUCGGCCUAGCAGCGGGGUAGUAGGAAAAAAUGAAGCCAACAGGCACAGACCCAAGGAUCUUGUCUUUAGCUGCUGAAGUAGCAAAAAGUCCUGAACAAAAUGUUCCUGUUAUAUUGUUGAAGUUAAAAGAAAUAAUAAACAACACUCCUUUGGGAAGCUCAGAGUUGAAGAAAGUGAAACAAGAUAUAUAUUGUUAUGACCUCAUUCAGUAUUGUCUAUUGGUCCUCAGUCAAGAUUGUUCUCGAAUCCAGGGUGGUUGGACUACAAUUUCCCAGCUUACACAGAUACUAAGCCAUUGCUGUGUGGGCUUAGAACCAGGAGAAGAUGGAGAAGAAUUUUACAAGGAAUUACUUCCAUCAGCUGUCGAAAAUUUUCUUGUCUUGGGGAGACGAUUACAAACAUGUUUCAUCAAUGCAGCUAAGGGUGAAGAAAAAGAUAAAUUACUACAUUUUUUCCAAAUUGUGACUGAUUCCCUCUUCUGGCUAUUGGGAGGUCAUACUCAACUCAUACAGAAUGUACUGCAGAGUGAUCAUUUCUUACACUUACUGCAAACUGACAAUGUUCAUAUAGGAGCUACAGUCAUGACUCUGCUACAGAAUAUACUACAGAUUAACAGUGGUGAUUUACUGAAAAUAGAAGGAAAAAUCCUGCAUUCUAUUUUAGAUGAAAUUCUUUUCAAGCUUUUAUCAACUCCUAGUCCAGUCUUAAGAAGUAUUGCUACAAAGCUCCUCCUAGUGCUAGCUGAAUCUCAUCAGGAAAUUUUGAUUUUACUGAGACUAAGUGCUUGCUACAAAGGACUCACAAGUCUACUAAAUAAACAGGAAAAUAUGACAGAAUUUAGUCGAGAACUUAGACAGUUGGUUGGUCUUUUAACCCCUAAAGUCCAUCCGGAAGUGGAAGAACAGAAACUACAUAAAGCAGCUUGCUUGAUUCAAGCCUAUUGGAAAGGUUUCCAGACCAGAAAGAGAUUAAAGAAGCUUCCGUCUGCUGUGAUUGCUUUGCAGAGGAGUUUCAGAUCUAAACGAACAAAGGCAUUGUUGGAGCUAAAUAGGCAAAAAGAAGAAAAAGACCUCAGAUUAAGAUUGCAGCUUCAAAGACAGAGAGCCAUGAGGCUUUCCCGAGAGUCACGCCUGAGUAUGCUUGAAAUCGUUCAUCCAGGUCAACUGGAGAAGUACAAUAGGGAAAUGGAAGAGAAGUCAGCAUUGACUAUCCAGAAAUAUUGGAGAGGAUACAGGGAAAGGAAGAACUUCCGCCAACAGAGGCCGGCUCUCACAGAGUAUAAAGCAGCUGUUACACUUCAAAGAGCAGUUCUUAAAUUCCUAGCAAAGUGUCGUAAGAAAAAUAAACUAUUUGCCCCUUGGCAUGGACUCCAAGAACUCACCCAUGAACGCAGAGCUGAACUGAAGCAACAAGUGGAUGACUAUGUCAGAAGACAUCCGGACUCUCAGAUGUCAGAUGUGGCCAGCAGAGAGCUCCACACACAAGCACAAGAACGACUUCAGCACUAUUUUAUGGGAAGGGCCAUAGAAGAAAGAGCCCAGCAGCACAGAGAAGCUCUGAUGGCUCAGAUCAGCACCAAUAUUGAACAGUUGAUGAAGGCACCAAGUCUGAAGGAGGCAGAAGGAAAGGAACCUGAGCACUUCUUAAGUAGAUCGAGGCCCGUGGCAGCCAAGGCCAAACAGGCCCAUCUCACCACCCUGAAGCACAUACAAGCACCUUGGUGGAAGAAGCUUGGAGAAGAACCAGGCGAUGAGAUUGAUGUUCCAAAGGAUGAUCUUAAUAUAGAAUUAGGAACUUUAUUUAUUGGUGGAACAAAACCCCCCUAGAAGAGGGUAACUGUGAAAGCCAGCAAUCUUACAUUUUAGGAGAUUGCUAGUUUUGCCUCUGGCAUGCUGGAAGACUAGAGCUACCAGUGGCUUUCCAGAGGAUGUUCUUCAUGUAACAAUUGGAAGCAACAAACAGAGCAUUGGCUACCUCGGUCCAAGUUCUUUCCCCUUUCUGUAUACCCUCUCUCUCUCUAUUCACAAACAGAUUUGUGUGCUUUAUUGUGGGACAGAACUCAGUGUGAAAUUCUAUUGUUGACAUGAAAUAUGAAAUUUCUUUCGUUUCUGUUUUCUAACUAAAGGUUGUUUUUUUAAAAAAAUAAAAUAAAAAAUAAAUAUUGUGUUUCUGAAAAACA